CGCUCCACCGGCAAUCCCAGCAUGCACCGCGCCUCAUUAGCAUAACACAUUCCGCUAUCUACAAGAGCCGAGCGAACACAUUCAGCUGCGGAGAGCUACAAGCGCAUCUAAACUACUUAUAAUACCAACACAGAGACAUGAGUGCGAACAUGAGCGACAGCGAGAAACUGGACAAGCAGCGGCUGAAGAACUUCAAGAAUAAAGGGCGCGAUCUGGAGACGAUGAGAAGACAGCGGACGGAAGUGGUGGUUGAGCUCAGAAAGAAUAAGAGAGACGAGCACCUGCUGAAGCGGAGGAAUGUGCCACAUGAGGAUAUCUGUGACGAUUCUGACGCGGAUGGAGAUUUCAGAAGCCAAAACACUUCUCUUGAAGCAAUAGUGCAGAAUGCGACCAGUGAUAACCAGGGCAUUCAGCUCAGCGCCGUUCAGGCCGCCAGGAAGCUGCUGUCGAGUGACCGCAACCCUCCCAUAGACGACCUGAUCAAGUCUGGGAUUCUGCCCAUCCUGGUGCACUGUCUGGAUAGAGACGACAACCCUUCUCUGCAGUUUGAGGCGGCCUGGGCCUUGACCAACAUCGCAUCAGGCACUUCUGAGCAGACUCAGGCCGUGGUGCAGUCGAAUGCGGUUCCUCUCUUCCUGCGGCUGUUGCAAUCUCCGCACCAGAACGUGUGUGAGCAGGCGGUUUGGGCUUUAGGGAACAUCAUCGGUGACGGCCCUCAGUGCAGAGAUUACGUCAUCAGUCUGGGAGUGGUUAAGCCGCUCCUGUCCUUCAUCAGCCCCUCCAUACCCAUCACCUUCCUCCGCAACGUCACUUGGGUCAUGGUCAACCUGUGCCGCCACAAGGACCCGCCCCCGCCCAUGGAGACCAUCCAGGAGAUUCUUCCUGCACUGUGCGUGCUCAUCCACCACACUGAUGUCAAUAUCCUGGUGGACACGGUCUGGGCGCUGUCUUAUCUCACUGAUGCUGGCAAUGAGCAGAUCCAGAUGGUCAUCGAUUCAGGGAUUGUACCGUACCUCGUCCCCUUACUGAGCCACCAGGAGGUCAAAGUUCAGACGGCAGCUCUGCGAGCGGUGGGGAAUAUUGUGACGGGCACGGAUGAACAGACUCAGGUGGUGCUCAACUGUGACGCUCUGGGUCACUUCCCAGCUCUCCUCACACACCCCAAAGAGAAGAUCAACAAGGUAACAAGUGCCCGUGUGAACCUCACAGCAUCCUCACAGUUUAGUUUUGCUGUGCUGGUAGAGAAUGGUGAAUGACCGCUGGUAUUGACAUGUAAAUGUUGGUGCUGUGUCUCUCAGGGAGAUUUUGGCACUCAGAAGGAGGCGGCGUGGGCCAUCAGCAACCUGACCAUCAGCGGCAGAAAGGAUCAGGUGGCGUACCUGAUCCAGCAGCAGGUGGUUCCUCCCUUCUGUAACCUGCUGACCGUCAAAGACGCUCAGGUGGUGCAGGUGGUUCUGGACGGGCUCAGUAAUAUCCUCAAGAUGGCUGAUGACGAAGCCGAGACUAUCGCCAACCUGAUCGAGGAGUGUGGAGGUUUGGAGAAAAUCGAGCAGCUGCAGAACCAUGAGAAUGAGGACAUCUACAAACUGGCUUAUGAAAUAAUCGAUCAGUUCUUCUCAUCUGAUGAUAUUGACGAGGACUCUAACCUGGUUCCCGAAGCGAUCCAAGGAGGAACGUACAGCUUCAACUCUUCUACCAACGUGCCAGCAGAAGGGUUCCAGUUCUAGACGCCACGGGGAAAUCUGGAGUUUUGUUUGUGAUGCAGCACUCUGUUCAACAUUAAAAAUAAUUAGAGAGCGAGAGAGAGCGCGAGAGAGUGUGAGAAAUAUUAGAUCCGUUGUGCUUGGCUGAUGGGAUCCAGCUGCAUCUAAUCUGAGAGAAAUUGAGUGGAGCUCCUUCUGAAGGAAGCGUCCAGACGGCGUUUGAGACGGCUUUGAGUGGAUGCGAGUGAGAGUGAGUGGCUGACUACUACGUUUCAAAACACGACCAUCAAAACCGAACGCGUGUCUUUUCAACAAAACCAAACCGAACCAAUGGGAAUAACGAAGACGUCUCACGUGAAUAAUCUGAGGUAAGAACGCUAAAGGAGAACCUCACCACCAACGCCAACAACAAAGAGACGCGAACACACUUCUGAGGUGUGUGAGUGAGUGAGUGGUCCCUGAGCUGAGGGCCCGCGUUCAUCUGACGUGCUGGAGAACGAACCCAGCAGGCCAGAGCCCUCUCCCUUCACGCCGCAGUCUUUGUGCUGCGUGUGCGCAACUGAAUGGACGUGACACGUGUGUGUGUGUGUGUGUGUGUGUGUGCUCGACUGACUGGAGAAACGCAGGACUGAAUGCAACGAACGCAGCGAGUCGACAUCGUGUGGAAGGUGACCAAUUCAACGGGAAAUUGUGGAAUAGCCUGGAAGAGGAGGCUAAAUUAAUAAUUAAAAUAAAUCACCUUCAGUGGAACGACUGGACAUCAGUGAUCUAAAGAAGACAAUGUCAUGACUUUAAUUCUCCCUUUUCUUUGAACUGUUAUUUAGUGUUGAUGACACUGGACUGAGCUUUGGGUGUUGCGUCGAGGAGGUCGUUGGGGCCGUGAGUCCCAGUGUGUGUUUUGCUUCCCCCCCCCCGUUUCAGCUUUUGUUUUUCAGUGCUGGUGUAAAUACAUGUAAUACACAUUGUGCACUGUUGUACCUUUGCACAGACCCCGGGCUAUUGUACUUUAACCACUCUGCUUUCAUGAUGAGUUUCCCCCUUCUCUGUUCUCGGGAAUAAAUCCGAUGGCUUUGAGCCGUGCGCGAUCAUGUGGGGAGGUGUUUUAUGUGUGAGAGGUUUCAGACAUAUCUAUAGCAUGUGCUAAACUGCGGCAUAGUUCAUUUUAGUGGGUUUUAGUUUUGUAAGUGUAAGCGGUUUUUUUUCCCUUUAUUUUUUUUAAAAGUACCUACUGUAAUGUUUGUGACUCUUUUUUUUUUUUUUUUCUUUUCUUUUUCUGCCCAUUUAUGCCCCUCACCGUUCCUGACCGACAAGCAAUUCUCCACCGUUUGUUUUAUUUACAGCCCACCCUCCCCAACAGCAUUCCUUGUUUGCAAAUAUGUAGUUUCAAAAGAAGAAAAAACUAGAUGGUAUACCUAUCCUGUUGGACAUAGACUACAGGCUCUGUACCUACUCAAAUAAAUAUUCAGAUGUGUCACACUGCUGCUUCUCUGUUGGUGAUCUGAUCUGAAAGAUUUUUAA